UCAUGCCGACAGCCGCAUGGUCCAACAACGGCCGACCGCCGUCCACGUCGUCGGCCAGUCAGUGUUCGAUGCAACUGCAACAUGAGCAGCAACAGACGCCGCCGCCUGCUCAGGCACAGCAGCAACAACAGCUGCAACACCCAACGACGGCCACCGACCCGGACGCACCGCUAAACCUGACCAAGCGAAAGUCGCCCACGCCACAACCACAUCCUCCGUCGUCGACGACACCGCAACACCACCACCAACAACUCCAACAGCAGCAGCAGCAUCAGCAACAGCAACAGCAGCAACACCAUCAUCUCCAACAGCAGCAACAGCAUCAACAGCAGUUGCAACACCAACUACAACAGGCCAACAACAUGUUUGCGCCAAGGAGUUCGGGCGGCGCCGGAUGGAACUCGUCUUCGUCUUCGCCGCCGGCCACCACGCCGGGCACCGCCAACAGGCGGUCCGGUUCCGGUCAGGGACUGGUCAGCCCACCGGCCGCGGCCACUCCGAAACUCCUGCCACCACCCAUACCGGUGCCCAGGGGAUUCAUGCCGUACGCCGGCAUACCACCGCCUCCUCCGCCACAUCACUCGUCCACCGGUGGCAAACUAAACCUAUCGCCCGGCAAGGACAAGAUGUCGCCGUACUCGGGAUUCCAACUGUGUCCGCCUCAGCUCCUCAGGGACGAACAUUCCGAAAACAUGGAUUUAUCUUGGGGACCCAGCGAUCCAAAUUUCAAAAUCGCCGAUGACACAAGUGAUAGAGGUCGCAUGAUACGACAACAGAAGAAAGAUGGCGAGCACAUCAAGAGACCUAUGAACGCGUUCAUGGUUUGGGCCAAGGACGAGAGGCGAAAGAUUUUGAAAGCCUGUCCCGACAUGCAUAAUUCAAACAUUUCGAAAAUCUUAGGUGGCAGAUGGAAGGCAAUGUCAAACUCGGACAAGCAACCGUACUACGAGGAACAAUCCAGACUGUCCAAAUUGCACAUGGAAAAGCACCCGGACUAUCGGUAUCGGCCCAGACCGAAGCGGACGUGCAUCAUCGAUGGCAAAAAGAUGCGGAUAUCCGAGUACAAGAUGCUGAUGCGGCAGCGGCGGAACGAUAUGCGGCAGCUGUGGUACAGGGGCGAGGGGGCCGGUCCUUCCGGUUCUGGGUCGGACGUGGCCGGAACCAGUUUUGGGUAUCCGGCAGACAGGUCCAUAUCGCCGGACCUGAUAUACUCACCAGCCAACUCGCCAUCGUUCGGCGGCGACAGUCACGACGAGGAUUAAGCGACAGCCGCGUCGGCGAUGCAGUAAGCCGCCUGCAUCACUAUCGGUAUCGCUCACCCUGUGCACUACGUGUUGUAUCUACCUAAAAGAGCUUUGCGCGACGUCAUCGUGUUCGAGUCAUCGCCGUUGCCACUGAUGCGCAGCUACCGCGGUCAUCGGCGGUGCAGGAUGCCACUGAUGCGCAGCUACCGCGGUCAUCGGUAUACCACGCUGCUCAGCCGAUCGACAUCACUCACUAUUCCUCCACGCCACGUCCGCACGACGACCGGCAAACAGGCCAGUACCCCCACGACUACCAACAGUACCUGUAUCACACUAUAUAUUAUAAUACGGUGCAGCGUUAGUAGCCAUGGAAAUAGUCAAAAAUAAACCCCCUCCUCCUUAUGUGUAUGAACCAAUUUUUUUUUCUUUAAUUACCGUGUACAGAAAAUUGUGUAAAUUAUUAUCAUUAUUAUUAUUAU